AUGAGCAACGACUCCGCACUCUUCAACUCCAACUCUUCUGCGAGCAUUGAAGUACUUCCCAGUGAGGAGCAAGAAUCAGACUCAAAUCAAAUAUUAUCUAUUUUCAGCCCAUUGGCAUUCAUGGACUGCCUGAACAUCUCCACGGACGCCCUUCCAGAUGAGGAAUCCAAGGACGAGGACGAGGACUUUGGGCAACAGGAAUUGGAGAGUUCAGGAAAGAGGUUACACAUCCAUGAGAGCCGUCUGACUUCUCCCACUGGAGCUGCAGUGGCUGGACCUAGCUAUUUCGCAACACCUUGGCUGGGAAGGAGGGAUGCUCAAGCGGAGACUUUUAGUCCGACACCUUACAAAAUGGCGAUCAGACACGACUACUCUCGAGCAACAAUAUGGCAGAAGGCAUCCAUAAUGCAUAUUUAUGGUGGAUAUGAUGUCUUGACAUUAUUCGCUAUUUCUCUUCAUAUGUGCCAUGUUUUGGCAGUUGCGACAUCAGACCAACUACUCAAACAGGUCGCCCGAGGAAUUGGGGAAGAUGAUUACAUCAAUAUAAGCUCGUCAUUAAAUUUUUGGAUUCUCACAUCUACUUUUCACCAUGCUGUUGACACCGGCAUAAUCAAAUUCAUCCCCCAUGAUGAUGUCUUAGAUGCCAUGACACAUUACUUGGAUGAACUUCAUAAACUGAGGUUGGCAGUUGAGAAAGGCAAGAUAUCGUCACAGGAAUACAACAAGCACAUUAACGGUAACCUUCGGAGAAAGCAGCUCUUCCUGCCUGCCAACUAUCCGUAUAGGAUUGUGGGUGUGUUGUGUCCAGAAGACUUCAUCAUUCCUCAAUACGAAGUUGACCAAGAUGUUGAAAUCCCCGCCGAGGAAGUUCACAAUGAAGGGAGUGAUUUUCAAAUCACGAUCAGGCGGUUCCCAAUACCCCUGCCCCGUCCUGUGAGUGAUCCACCUUUUCUUGUGGGCCUCACUAAUGGUGACUUCUGCCUUUAUAAAGCCAAAAGCCAACCAGGCACAGGGAUCCAUCAAGCCCCAACUUGGAGAUCGCAAGCCGGUGUUCUUCCACAAUUCAGGUCAAUAUCUCCAAAAAUGUACAAUGAGGAUGAAGUUUUCUGGCUGUGGCAAGACCAGUUCUUUGUUGUAGUGAACGUAGGGGAGUUCCUUCAUACUCUGAGCAUAGCAUGGAAGCGGGGGAAUACUGGGGCCGAGUUCAUGCUCAUAGAAUAUGUCAAGGACGAGAGACAUCGGACUUCACUGCUCAAGGCCCUCCAGCUUUACAGAACAAUACUACAUGCACCAGCACCACCCGCAACCGAACAAAUGCGAGAGUCACCUAGCCGACCGCAGAUGCCAAGGACCCGAUCCAGGACAAAGAACUCCGGGCCUGCAACGUCCCAGUUCAAGGGAAAGAGGAAGGAACGUGACAGUAGCAGAGACCACACUUGCAGCUCCAGGCGUCUGAAGCAUGAAGAGCCUGAAAUGAUGGGUCGGGACAAGCUGCCGUUAUAA